CAGUAAUGCAUCGCCACUGAUUGACGUGGCAGUCGAAGAAGAGUACAGGUAGCCUUGUUGGCUUCAUACUAUGCAGUGGUUAGCUCGAUGCUAGCCACGUAACACCAAUGUUUGUUCUCGUUUUUAACUGGAUAUGGGCAAGAGAGACAACCGAGUGGCAUACAUAAACCCCAUUGCGGCCGCUCGAGCCAGGGGGCCGGUCCAGAACUCCGGACCAACUAUACAGGAUUACCUGAGCAGACCUCGACCAACAUGGGAGGAGCUAAAGGAGCAGCUGGAGAAGAAGAAAAAGGGAUCCCGAGCCCUGGCUGACUUUGAAGACAAAAUGAACGAAAGAUGGAGGAAAGAACUGGCUAAAAACAGGGAAAAAAGGCUCGGGGACAAAGAACGGGACAAAAGGUCAAUGGACAGAGAAGACAAGAAGGACAAAAAGGAGAAAAAGAAGAAGGAGAAGAAGAAGUCUGGCAGGCAUUCUUCCUCCUCCUCCUCAUCGAGUUCUGAUUCCUCCAGCAGCUCUUCUUCAGAGUCCGAAGACGAGUAUGACAAGAAGAGUAUAAAGAAAAAACGGAAGCGCAAGAGAUCUUCAGUCAAGAGACCAUCGGACAGCUCAGAUGAAGACUCUGAUGCUGAAAGCAAGAAAAGAAAACGAAUCAGGGAAGACGGAGACAAAGAUAAGCAGGAUGAAAAGGAGCGUAAAAGGAAAAGAAAGGCCGAGAGAAGUCACAAAGACUCAUCAUCAGAAUCGACUGUUGGCUCAGACUGGGACGAGACUGAACCCAAGAAGAAAAAGAGAAGUAGCGAGGAGAGGGAGAAAUUGACUGUGAAGUCCAAGAAGAAGAGGAAAAAGAAGCAUAAGAGACACGGUAGAAAAAAGAAAAAGAAGACAACAUCUCAGUCGGACUCAGAGCUCGACUAAAAACCAUAUUGUUGCAGCGCUUCUGGUUUCCUCACACUACACCAGUGUCAUUUUACCUUUUGAUCGUGAAUAAAGUUUCUCAUCCAGCUGCAGUCAUCACAGUUGAACCAGUGGAUGUCAGAUGUAAUGCUGAGGUUCUGUAUUUGAAGUCAAGAUGAGGAAGAAGCUGGUACACCCAUCUUUUUUUUACUCCCCUAGCAACAUUUUUUUUAUAGAUUUUGAGUUCCUCCACAACAGGACUGAGGUGGUUUUCAUUUUUUAUUUUUCUUCCAUGCUUUUCUCCGUACCUCACAUCUUCCAACGCUACUCGAGGCUGUUCUGGCAGCGCCCGUUUCAUGCAUGUAGACCCUGAUGUCUCGCCAGCUUCAUAUUGAAGUUGGAUCUGUUAUAGGAUGUUAGCCACACAGGUAAUAGUGAACUCAAGAGAUAUCAUUUUGCUCAUUGAGAUGUUACAUUGCAAUGUAAACGUAUAAAUUACAAGAAUUCAAUAAAGUGUUGUUUUUUUUUUCUUUGACUUGGUUUGAAUUAAAGUCUGACACAUGAGUUUA